ACAGAUAGAGAUAGCUACUCCUACGAUUUUAAAGAUAUGCCUAAGUUAGGGGAGGCGGAUAUCGAAACGACAUACCCCGAUAUCAACAAGUUUGUAACAUCAAUCACAUCUGUCAACCGGCUUUCAUUAUGUGUAAGAGUCAACUCUGCGGAAGAGCUUGAGAAUCUGAAGCUUUGUCCAUGUGAUGCAAAUUGGUCAAAGUUACUUGUCCGUUUUCUCGAAAAUUCGCAUAAUUUACUAGAGCUAGAGAUCGAUCUGAACGAUGAUCAUAUAGAUAGUUGUGUGGUCGAUCCACUGGUUUGCUUGGAGAAUCAGUUGAACUAUGUUCCUGAAUGUUUGAGGUCGAAUCUCGAAACUAAGUGGACAGGGAUGCAUGGAUCACAGAAAGAGAUAGAUAUGCUUAAAUAUAUUUUGAGAAAUGCUUGUUGCUUAAAGACUGCGACAAUCUUGUUUAAGUCUACUCCAGAUACAGAGGAUAAACAUAAGACGAUGAUCCAGGAGUUGUUACUUUCUUCAACAACAUGCCAACUCGUAUUUGAUUGA